AUGGCUGAAGACCCUCAACCUCUCACUCUUCAGCAGCGUAUCGCCGCUCUCAAUGCUGCUCAUAUUGGCCGAGUUCCAGGAGAUCCUCCCCGACCGUCGUCUCACCCGACCCCUCCCACAAUUCCUACAAGACGACCUGUUAUUGUAAAACAGCACACCGUCAACAAUCCACCAGAAAACGUUACAGGAUCUAUUACAGACUCAAGAAUCGGAAAUAAACCUGCUCCUCCACCUCAACCACCUGUUCGCAAACAGCCCCCACCUCUCCCAAGCAGGAACAGUUCACUUGACGAACAGAGGAGGGGCUCAGUGGCCUCCACCACGUCUAGUGGUACAACCACUACAAGUGAAACGUCUUCUUCACGCGUGAAUGCUACACGAACAAAGUCAACCGAUUCCGCCAGUCGAAUCAAAGCCCCAGCCUGGGGUGAAUGUGAAUUACCAGCCCUGCCACCGAAAGAACAGCCUGCAAAUCCUCCUACAAGAAAGUUUUCGGAAGAAAGACCCAAGUAUUUCAAUAGGGCACCUUCGAGCACCUCUAUAAAUAGUGCAACGUCGACCAGUGAUGCAAGACCUUCGCCUCAACGACCUGCUCUCCCUCCACGACUUCCCUCACGCAAGCCUGAGAUUGAACAAAGAGAACAUGUCGGAGACUCCAGCGUCAGAAAACUUCCUCCCAUGCCCUCGCUUGAAUCGAUUGAAAGAGCCAAGCGAGCUGCCUUCUCCCCAAUAUCUCCCAAAGAUCAGGCUUCUCCACAGCCAAUACAGACUCCACAACCUACAAUAAUACCUAAGAGAGACCAACUACCGGAUUCUUUCGGAUAUCAUAUUCCAGGGCUCAACAGAGAGCAAAUUUCCGCCCCAACACAUGAAAAGAUCCCCCAAAAUAUUCCUUUGCCCUCGAAGGCACUCUUUAAUAAAGUCUCUUCAACAACGAAAAACGCAUUCAAUCACCACGCACCUUUGGCAAAAGAGACAAUUAACAACCAUUUUACGCAGAAUCAACAUGUACCACCACCGAUUCCACUAUCGUCUCGGCCAGAUCUCUCGGCUCUUCAAGCUACGAAACCUAAAUUUACGUCCAGCCCGACCGCUAUGAACGGCAGUACGUCUCCAUCCAGCAAUGUUUGUCUCGUUUGUAGAGAUUUCUCCACUCCUGACCUACAAGCAACGCUCUUUCCCCGUGCUCAGGUCACAUCUCUUCAAACAUUGGCUCAACAAUUGACUUCGCCGUUCUCCUCUGAGACGGACAAAGCUCGAGUGAUAUUCACAUGGCUUCACCUUAAUAUCUCUUACGAUGUGGUGAGCUUUUUCAACAACAAUGUGAAGGGAUCAACACCCCAAUCCACUCUGCAAAGUGGCCUUGCCGUAUGCGAGGGUUAUGCUGCUCUCUUCACGAAUCUUGCGACUUACGCUGGGCUAGAGUCGGUUGUCAUUUCAGGCCACGGAAAGGGAUAUGGAUUUAAUUCUCUGGCGCCCGGGGCCCCCCUUCCGCCUUACAAUGCUGGCCACGCAUGGAAUGCUGUCCGAAUUGACAAUGGAGAAUGGAAGCUCAUCGAUGCCUGUUGGGGUGCUGGCUACGUCCAAGGUGCCGGCCAACCCUACGUUCCAAAGUUCAAUCCAGACUACUUCUCCAUGACGAAUGAGCAAUUCGCCGUGAAACAUUUCCCCGGUAACAAGGAUCAUUUCUUCUUGCCUGGUGGCCGGCAAAUGAGCUGGGAAGAAUACAUUGUUAUUGAUCCUGCUUGUUGGCCCGAGACGGUGGAGGGUCCGACAGUUUUUACAAACGCCAAGGAAGAUUACUCGAUUGGGGAAAAGAACGUCUAUCCCCGUGCAAGAAAAAUCAACGUCAGGCAGCCUGGAUCGGUUCGCUUUCAAUUUGGGCUUCUCUGCCCUCAUUGGACAUUGGAGAACCAUACUCGCAAGGGUUUACCACCAGUCUUUAUUAUGUCGAUCCAUGGUGUCGAUGGCCGUAACAAAGACCAUGUUGCAAUGGAUCACCACCCUGGCCCGGAGGGCCAGGGUGGUGACAUUUGGACUCUGGAUAUUCCUGCCCAACAGCUUGGUGCUGGAGGCCAAACUGUCACGCUUUUUGCUGUGACGAGUUUUGGCGAUAGGCAGGAUGCGAGAGGCCUUACGGUACAGGAGUUCAAGGACGGCAAAGGAAGAGUUGGAAUGGGAUUCGUCGGCGUCGCUGCUUGGGACUUGGUAUGA